UAAAUACAGAGAUCAGUUGAGAAAAAAACGCUGCCGGGUAAACAACACAUCAUGUCCAGCUCUGGAAUCAUACUAUAUGGGACAGACCUCAGUCCCUGUGUGAGGACCGUCAAACUGACCCUGAAGGUCCUCAAUCUGGACUACGAAUACAAGGAGGUGGAUCUGCAGGCCGGCGAGCACCUGAGCGAGGAAUAUCUGAAGAAGAAUCCCCAGCACACGGUGCCAGUGCUGGAUGAUAAUGGUACCUUCAUCUGGGACUCGGAUCUGGCCAAGCGGGCGGUCAUCAAUCAACGCCUCUUCUUCGAAGCCAGCGUAAUCUAUCCUGGGUUAGCCAACGUAGUCGGUCCCUUCUGGACCACAGGAUGCACUGAGGUGGCCCAAGAGAAGCUGGACUCGAUUCAUCGGGGUCUAAAGUUGCUGGAGACCUUCCUGCACAACAGCUCCUAUCUGGUGGGAGAUUCGCUGACCCUGGCCGAUCUGCUCUCCGGACCCACAGUUAGUGCCCUGCGCGCCGCCGUCGACAUCGAGCCAGUGGAGUACCCCAAGGUAUCCGCUUGGCUGGAUCGCCUCAAUCAGAUUCCCUUCUACAAGGCGAUCAACGAGGAGGCGGUCCAGGGAUACGUCGCCUUCCUUCGCAACAAGUGGACCAAACUGGGUGCCUAAACACAGUAGGGAAUCCACUUUAGUACUAUGAACCCUGAAACUUGACCCACCAUGUACAUUAUAUACUCAUUACCUUUCAUUUAUUAAGUAACUCUUUACCUAAUAAAUUGUAACUUUUGCUUAAGAAAAGAA